AUGGGCAUCUACAAAGACCCCACAGCUAACAGCGUGCUCAAUGUGUUAUGUGCCAAGAACCUUGCAAAGAAAGACUUCUUCAGACUCCCCGACCCCUUUGCAAAGAUCGUGGUGGACGGAUCUGGGCAGUGCCACUCAACGGACACUGUGAAAAACACAUUGGACCCAAAAUGGAACCAGCACUAUGAUCUAUAUGUUGGGAAAACGGAUUCCAUAACCAUCAGCGUGUGGAACCACAAGAAGAUUCACAAGAAGCAGGGAGCUGGCUUUUUGGGCUGUGUGCGGCUGCUUUCCAAUGCCAUCAGCAGAUUAAAAGAUACUGGAUACCAGCGUUUGGAUCUAUGCAAACUAACUCCCUCAGAUACUGAUGCAGUUCGUGGCCAAAUAGUGGUCAGUUUACAGACACGAGACAGAAUAGGCACUGGAGGGUCUGUGGUAGACUGCAGAGGACUGUUAGAGAAUGAAGGAACCGUGUAUGAAGACUCAGGACCUGGAAGGCCGCUCAGCUGCUUCAUGGAGGAGCCAGCCCCUUACACAGACAGUACUGGUGCUGCGGCGGGGGGAGGGGACUGUAGAUUUGUGGAGUCCCCGAGUCAAGACCAAAGGCUCCAGGCGCAGCGACUUCGAAAUCCUGAGGUCCGGGGGUCACUACAGACGCCCCAGAACCGUCCCCACGGCCACCAGUCACCAGAACUUCCCGAAGGCUAUGAACAAAGGACAACAGUGCAGGGGCAAGUUUACUUUUUGCACACACAGACUGGAGUCAGCACGUGGCACGACCCCAGGAUACCAAGAGACCUUAACAGCGUGAACUGUGAUGAACUCGGACCACUGCCACCAGGCUGGGAAGUCAGAAGUACAGUCUCGGGGAGAAUAUAUUUUGUAGAUCAUAAUAACCGAACAACCCAGUUUACAGACCCAAGGUUACAUCACAUCAUGAAUCACCAGUGCCAACUAAAGGAGCCCAGCCAGCCGCUGCCAUUACCCAGUGAGGGCUCUGUGGAAGAUGAGGAGCUUCCCGCCCAGAGAUACGAAAGGGACUUAGUACAAAAGCUGAAGGUCCUCAGACACGAGCUUUCGCUUCAGCAACCCCAAGCUGGUCAUUGCCGCAUCGAAGUGUCCAGAGAAGAAAUAUUUGAGGAAUCUUAUCGCCAGAUCAUGAAGAUGCGACCGAAGGAUCUGAAAAAGCGGCUGAUGGUCAAGUUCCGGGGAGAAGAAGGUUUGGAUUAUGGCGGAGUGGCCAGGGAGUGGCUCUAUUUAUUGUGCCACGAAAUGUUGAAUCCGUAUUACGGACUCUUCCAGUAUUCUACGGACAACAUUUACAUGUUGCAAAUCAACCCGGAUUCUUCAAUCAACCCCGACCAUCUGUCUUAUUUCCAUUUCGUGGGUCGGAUCAUGGGUCUCGCGGUGUUCCAUGGACACUACAUAAACGGGGGCUUCACGGUUCCCUUCUACAAGCAGCUCCUGGGGAAACCCAUCCAGCUCUCUGAUUUGGAGUCGGUGGACCCCGAACUCCAUAAGAGCUUAGUGUGGAUUCUAGAGAAUGACAUCACCCCUGUGUUGGACCACACUUUCUGUGUGGAGCACAAUGCUUUCGGGAGGAUUCUUCAGCAUGAACUGAAACCCAACGGCCGCAAUGUUCCUGUCACAGAGGACAACAAGAAAGAAUAUGUCCGGUUGUAUGUAAAUUGGAGGUUCAUGAGGGGGAUUGAAGCGCAGUUCUUAGCUCUUCAGAAGGGGUUUAAUGAACUCAUUCCUCAACACUUACUGAAGCCGUUUGACCAGAAGGAACUGGAGCUGAUCAUAGGCGGCCUGGACAAGAUCGACGUGAGCGACUGGAAGUCCAACACUCGGCUGAAGCACUGUGUGGCCGACAGCAACGUGGUCCGGUGGUUCUGGCAGGCCGUGGAGACCUUCGAUGAGGAGAGGAGGGCCAGGCUGCUGCAGUUCGUGACGGGCUCCACGCGGGUCCCUCUCCAAGGCUUCAAGGCUUUGCAAGGCGCAGCAGGGCCCCGGCUCUUCACCAUCCACCUGAUCGACGCCAACACGGACAACCUGCCAAAGGCCCACACCUGCUUUAAUCGGAUUGACAUUCCACCUUAUGAGUCGUACGAGAAGCUCUAUGAGAAGCUGCUGACGGCCGUGGAGGAGACUUGCGGGUUUGCCGUGGAGUGAGGAGAGCACCAAAGGCAACAGAUUCUAGCUCACGACCACCAGACCAAAAGCAAGCUUUCUGUGCGCCUCCUGCGAAGCUGGCUGAGGCCCGGGAACCCUAGAUGACCCGAGGGAAAGGCUUUUCUCCCCUCCUUUCCGUUGGGGGAGUGAGGGGGGUGGGGGGACUUCGGCUGGUGGCUCCCACCCAUAUUUUCCUCCUUUCUGACGGUGACCCCACCCCCUUCCAUCGCCCAUCCAAUAAAAUGCAGCCAGGUUUAGCAUUUGGCUUCGGUCCCA